AUGGGACAGCAGGUAUCAACGGAUGGGGCGACUGAAUAUUCGGUCGAAACACCAUUUGGAGUAUUCAAAGGAUUGACCAUCCGUGACAAGGUAACUAAGGAGCCAAUGUGUUAUCGGUUCACAAAUAUAAGGUAUGCCAACCAAGUAGAACGAUGGAAAAUGCCAGAAAUGGUUUCGGACAAUUACGACUAUUCCAAGGAGCAAUAUAAGGAUUUCGGUAAAGUAUGUCCUCAGCCUCUAAUAACUGAACCAAAGAUUUCUUUUUUGAAUAAUGUGGCAGAGAUGUCUGAGGAUUGUACAUAUUUGAACAUCUGGGCUCCUUUCUCCAAUGACCUUCAAAAGCUGGAUAUUAGCGAAGUCUCAAAAUUGCCUGUUCUUUUUUAUAUACAUGGAGGUUGGUUACAAUAUGGAAAUGCCAACCAUUCCCUGGUUAUGGAUCCCAGGUCCCUUCUAGCUAGCGAUAAGUUUGAAAAGUUUGUAAUCGUUGCACCUGCUUAUCGCUUAAAUUCACUAGGGUUUAUGAGCUGCUCAGAUUUAUUAAGUGAAGAUCCACUCAAUUGCAAUUUUGGCUUCUGGGAUCAGAGAACUGCAUUGUUAUGGACAGCAAAAUAUAUCAAGUAUUUUGGAGGUGAUUCUUCUAGGAUUACAGUCGGAGGUUUGAGCGCAGGUUCCUAUUCAACUUUUUUUCAACUAGCAUAUGAACUUUACCACCCUGAAGAAGACCAACUAAUCAAGCAGGUAAUUUUUUUCUCUAACUGUUUGUCUGUCCAGCCUAAAAGCUUAUCAGAAGCUGAUUCACAGUUUAAAGAGUACUGCGAAAAACUUGGCAUUGAGAAGAAAUUAUCAGGUCCUGAGAAAUUAAAAAAGUUAAGGUCGCUCGAUGUCAACACCUUAAUUGAGACGAUUCCAAAAAUGAGAUUGCAUACAUUUCGAGCUGUUUCUGAUGAUGAUUUUGUAUCCUCGAGUCUACUACAUGAUUUAUACAAUGGUACAUAUGCGAGAAUGUUAUCCAAGAGGGCCGUAAGAGUUAUGAUAGGUGAGGUCGAUAAUGAGCCUAUCUUAUAUUCCUAUUUGAACUCACCGUGCACUAGAGCUGAUCUCUCCAUUCAGCUAGAGAAUUACUAUCCAAAAAACACAAUAGCAACACUUAUUAGUCUUUACUAUCCGAAGGGAAUUGAUGAAAAUUCACCGUCGUUUAAAACAGAUUUAAGAGAAUUGUUUGGUCAAAUAAUUGCAGACACUCAGGUCUAUGCUAGCUCUAGAGGUUUUCUAAAUAAUAUUACAAAGCACAAUCAUUACUCUAAGGAUAAUAUAUUUCGUUACAAGGUGUCUUAUGCUCCUCAGUUUGUGAGGGAAAUGUAUGAUAAAGAGGGUAUCGAUGGUGUGAUUCAUGGGGGAGAUCAAAUACUUUGGUUUUAUGCAAUCCAUAACGGGGUUCGCGGCGAAGAGGAAACAAUCAUAAGUGAAUUUAUAAAACCAUUCGUCCAGUUUAUUUAUUUGAAAGACAUCGGAGCUGAAUGGGGAACUUCGGACAUUGAACUGUUCAGAUAUAUUAGUGCAAAUGGAGAGAUUUACACUGAAAAAGACACUUAUUGGAAUGAAGGAAUAAAAAAUGCAAGCAGGAUUUAUAAUGCCCAGCUUGUUAAAUCAAAAUCUUCUUAA